GCCAGAACAUAGAUAUCACACACAAAGCAGAACCUCACAUUUGAAAGAUGAUCCAAGGAUUUAUGAGUGAGCAGAGCCGUCACCCACUGGAGGCGAAAGCCGUUGGCGUAAUGCAGUAUGGAAGAAACAAGAUUAACAUGUUUUCUGUGUUAUGGACUGAUCAGAAUGAAAUUCUGAUUUAUCGAACUUUUGAUGAUUUUAAGAAGCUACAUCGGCAGCUGAGAAAGAAAUACCCUCUUGAGGCCGGGCUGUUUAAAAAGUCAGACAGCAUCAUUCCAAAACUGAGAGAUGUCCCAUUAUUCAGGAAGAACAGAUUCCUAAAUCGUUUUAUUGAAAGGCUUUUGCUGCUACAGAAGUAUUCCCAGGACCUACUGAAAACCGAUGGGAGGAUCUCACAAAGUGAACUUGUUGUAAAAUUCUUCAUGCCCACAAACAAGGACAUGAAUCCAUCCUUCCCUGAUAACUGUUUAGUGAUUGUACCAUCCGAUUCAAAGGAGAAGUCAGAGCAUCAAAAACAACUUCCCAAGCCUCCAACAACACAUCCUAUUGUAUCGGAACAGUAUGUGUGCAUAGAAGACUAUGAAACAAUUGAUACCAAGAACAGACCCUUCAAAGUGAAACGCAAUGAGACCGUGGGUGUGCUGAUCAAGGAAAACACAGGCUGGUGGUUGGUAGAAAAUGAGGAUAAAUGCUUGGCCUGGUUUCCUGCUCCAUACCUAAAGGAUCUUACAAGCAAAGAGGACUCCGAUUCUGGGCUGGAGUCUGAUGAUGAUGCAAUUCAUUAUUAUGCAUAUAAAGCAUACCAAGCCGGAAGCUCGGAUGAGCUCUCCAUCAGUAUUGGCGUUCUUGUACAGGUGAUCGAGAAGUCAAAAAAUGGCUGGUGGUUGGUCAGGUAUAACAACAAGGUUGGCUAUGUCCCAUCCAUGUUUCUCAAACCAUACUGCAAUUACAAGAACCUGCAAACAAUGCUGAAUCAAAGCAAAAUUGCUUCUACUCCAAACUUGUUCACAGCAACCAGUGCUAUGGGAAUCGACACUUUACCACCUGGUCUGAGGUUUCAUGAGGAACCGUCCAUGGUCAAUGAUAGCGAAAAUAAGUCUAAAAUCAACAGAAUGAGAUCAAGAUCACUGAGUGAGAUACCAUCAAGCAGGUCCUCCCAGCUAGCUCAUGAACUGGACAGCUUGGCCAAGCAAAAUGAGCUGGACAAACCCAGCUCAGAAUGGAAGCCCCAACCCUAUGAGAGGAAGACAAGUAGAGGCUCCGUAGAAGCUGACGAGCUACCAUCUUGGCAUAUGAAGACCAUAGCUCCUCCUUUUCCAAAAGCGAUGGCAUCUGAUUUGGAUAAAGAACAGAACAUUUAUGACAUAUGCAUCAAACCUCAGCCUAUGCCAAGCCCACCUCAAAUUCCUGAGCGACCCAGAACCCAUGAGAUACUCCAUAAAUGCACAACAGUGACCAAGAACGCUCUGAAGGCACAAGGGGACAUUCCAGCAGGAGACCAAAGCACCGAUUGUAUAAAGGGACAUUAAAGUUAUUUUUCUAUAUUUGUUGAAUCUGAGUUUUAAAAAAAUUAUGUUUCUGUGUUGAAACAUUUUUCUCCUAUUAUGCUAGUUCACCGACAGCAAAGGAGUUGUCUGCAUCAGCCAAUGAGCAUUUGAUACUUGAGGAUGCAUUUUCUGUUACUUUGAAAAUCUAUUUAAAUUGGUUUAAUAUGUUUUGUUACAUAUUUGCAGUUUUUCUGUGCAAAAUCAACAUUGAGUUUAAAGUCCUUUUAAGUAGAAUACAGAUUUGAAGAGUGUUAAUAAAUGUUUACUUUGUAUUUAUUACUAAUAUUUAUUAUGGUGUUCGCUAUAUAUUAGACUAUGUUUUAUAAGUUCUCAAGUUACUAAAUGUUUUCAACAGGGAAUGGUUGUUUUUAUGUGAUACUAAAUAUUAUCAUGAGCUAUGCAAUGUCAUAUAUUCUGCUCAUUUGGAUUUAAAUAUUUUGAUAGAGAACAACUGGUUACGAAAAUACUAAACCUGACUGCAUAUUAUGAUUUAAUUUGUUAGUAUAUUUUAUAUUAUAACUGUUUUUGUACUAAUCACAAGAGCUAUACCUGUGUAAGUAUUUAUCUUUGCACUUAAGUAACUAUUUGGAUUACCUGGGAUAUGUGAGCCAAUAUAUCCGAUUAUGGAUUAACUUUUAAUUCAUUAAAAUGUAUGGGGAAUAGUGUGAUUUGUUUUUAUAGGUUACUCAGCUUAGUGAAAAACUGUUUUUAACUGAAUCUCAUAGAUAAUCACACAUUCUGAUUACUGUACUGAUUAAUAUACUGUGAUUUUAUAAUAUGUCUGAGUAGAGGUUAAUUACUGUAUCAUUUUUAUAUGUUUUGUUGAUAAAGCAAUAUUUUCACAAACAAUCUGUCGGAUGUUUAUGAUUUUGUAGCACAACCUCACAUCUAAUAAAACAACACAAAGAAAAACA